AUGGUUGCAAAUAAGGUCUAUGUUAUUGGUGUUGGUAUGUCCAAAUUCAUUAAGCCUCGUGGUGAAGUAGACUAUCCAGAGUUUGGCCUUGAGGCAGCUGUAAAAGCAUUGAAUGACGCUGGUAUUUCUUACGAUCAAGUACAAUAUGCAACUGUAGGUUAUGUCUAUGGUGACAGUACUGCUGGUCAGCGUGUUCUUUAUCAACUUGGCAUGACUCAGAUUCCCAUCAUUAAUGUCAAUAACAACUGCUCCACGGGCUCUACUGCACUUUAUCAAGCACGUAACGCCGUAGCUUCAGGUUCAGUUGACUGUGCGAUGGCUUUGGGUUUUGAAAGAAUGAUGAGAGGAUCUCUUACGUCUACGUUUUCAGAUCGUACAAAUCCAAUGGAUCAUGUAACGAUAGUCAUGGCUAAUGAGCGUGGAUUCGAUCAAAAGGCUCCUAUGGCUGCUCAGAUUUUCGGUAACGCAGGUUUGGGUUAUAUGGAAAAAUAUGGUGCUACAGAAAAGCACUUGGCCAAGAUUGCAGAAAAGAAUCACAGACAUAGCGCAUUGAACCCGUAUUCCCAAUUCAGAGAUAUUUAUACCCUUGAACAGAUCGAAAAGUCACCCAGGGUCUUUGGUCCUCUCACCAAACUUCAGUGCUGCCCUACCUCAGAUGGUGCUGGAUGCUCUAUCCUUGCCAGCGAGGACUUUGUCCGUCAGCACAACCUAUGGGACCAAGCCGUCGAGAUUGUAGCCCAAGUCAUGGCAACAGAUUCCCCUCGUUUGCUCACGGAUGAUGCGAUGGAAUGGGCUGGCUGUGACAUGACACGUCGUGCAGCUGCUGAAGCUUACAAGAAGGCCGGUAUUACUCCUAACGACGUGCAGGUCAUCGAGCUGCAUGACUGUUUUUCCGCUAAUGAGCUUUUGACAUACGAUGCUCUCGGACUGGUGCCUGAGGGUAAGGCGCACGAAUUGAUCGAUUCUGGAAAUAAUACGUAUGGCGGAAAAUACGUCAUUAAUCCUUCUGGCGGUUUGAUCUCAAAGGGUCAUCCACUUGGUGCAACGGGCCUUGCUCAGUGCACAGAACUCGUUUGGCAAUUACGUAACUGGACUGGUGAACGACAGGUUCCCAAUGUAAAGUAUGCUCUUCAGCAUAACAUUGGUCUUGGUGGUGCUGUUGUAGUCACGAUUUAUAAAAAGGCCAAUGCAAACCAAUCCAAGCCUCGUCUUGGUUAUAAUCCUGCCAUUGAAGCUAGACCUGUCACCAAGGAGGAGUAUGACAAGGCUGCUUCUCAAAAGAAGAACAGAAGCACCUUCUUUGAGUCUAAGCUUUAA